UCUGUUGCUGCUCCGCCUGGGCAUGUCGUCGUCGUCGGUGUAUUUUUAAUCGCUUUUUCUCGCUUCGCCCGAGAAAUAUAUUAUUAUUAACCAGAAAGGCGCGCUGCCGAAUAUCCAUGAUUUAUUGUUUAUAUAAGAAUGUGCGCCAACUAAUCACGGAUUCGUUUCCAUUUCCACAGCAUUAGUGAGCAGUGAGUGAGAGAGAGAGAGACGGAACGCGAGGAGAGAAUUCCAACCUGCCCGUGUAUGCUGUGCAGUGCGAGUGCCUGUGUCUGUGUGUGUGUGGUGCAUCAAGGCUGAUAAAACUAAAUCCAAAACUAUAACUACACUAAAUUUAAAAUAAACUCCAAAGGCGUUUUGUAAUUGCGCACAAAACAGCGGCAGCAGUAAAAAACACAAAAUGGAAGCGAUUGCCAAACACGAUUUCUCUGCGACGGCCGACGACGAGCUGAGUUUUCGCAAAACUCAGAUCCUAAAGAUAUUAAAUAUGGAAGAUGAUUCAAAUUGGUAUCGCGCCGAGCUGGAUGGAAAGGAAGGCCUCAUACCCAGUAAUUACAUAGAAAUGAAGAAUCACGAUUGGUAUUACGGACGUAUCACACGCGCUGAUGCCGAAAAGUUACUCUCAAAUAAGCACGAAGGCGCCUUUUUGAUACGCAUCAGCGAAUCCAGUCCCGGCGAUUUCUCCUUAUCAGUCAAAUGCCCCGAUGGUGUUCAGCAUUUCAAGGUUCUGCGCGAUGCCCAAAGCAAAUUCUUUCUCUGGGUGGUCAAGUUCAACUCCCUCAACGAACUGGUCGAAUAUCAUCGGACGGCGAGCGUUUCCCGGUCGCAGGAUGUCAAAUUGCGUGAUAUGAUACCUGAAGAGAUGCUUGUGCAGGCGCUGUACGAUUUUGUGCCACAGGAAUCCGGGGAAUUGGACUUCAGACGCGGCGAUGUCAUCACCGUCACAGAUCGCUCCGACGAGAACUGGUGGAACGGCGAGAUCGGCAAUAGGAAAGGAAUCUUCCCAGCAACUUAUGUGACGCCAUAUCAUUCAUAAUAAGAUAACUUCUAAGGAGGGACGCCGCACACACGCC